AUGGAUAUGGAAGUGGAAGAGGAAAAGCCGGCUUUAUUAACCGAUAUGAAGCCGGAGUCGAAGCCCGAUAUGGUUGAAGAAAAGACGGUCGAGCAGGUUGUGCAAGGGUUUAAAGCGGUAAGUUAAAUGUUCGCUAAUUUUGGCAUCCUUGUUUAGGGGACAACGAUUUCACAAUUGAAGUACAAGCAACUUUGUCGAGCAUUAAGUCAGAUAAGGAUGUGGAAGGAUGAGACAAAACAAGAAUUUCUAAGUGGAUUCUUGAAUCUGGCUUCAGUCUUUGAUGGUAGUUGUAUUGAUUUGGUCAGAAGUCUUUGUGUAAGUUUCUUUUUUGGUUUUAAUUAAAACUUUUAGGAUCUCGAUUGGAUGCAUAUUCCCUCAAUCCAACUGCCUCAAUUUCUUAAAUUGUUAACUGAUACUUGCUCGUAUAAUCCCAUUUUUGUUGAUCCUGUUCUAAAGUCUUGUGUGAGGAAUCUUUCUCCUCCCAUUGAAUUUAUUGCCGACGAGUCAGGUGAAGUCAAGGCUUGUUGCCCACUCAGUGAUUCUGAAUUGGAAUUAAUUUACAUUAAGUCAAUGGAAUGUAUCGAAAUUAUUGUUAAAAGAUUGCCUCCGUAAGUUGCAUGUUUGUGAAUUUGUAUCUGGAAAUUUAGAGCCAUCUUCUCCUUGAGCUCCGCCAUUUUGAAGCAUAAACCACAUCGAACAGCACCUUUGGAGAAGUUGGUUGCACAUGUCAGGCACAUUAUUGUAAUAAGUGACAGGUUUCCUCAAAUCAGCGAGGAGCUAUAUGGCGCUUUGGUCAAUGGAUUACUUCAGAUGGAUGUAUGUUGAUAAUAAUAGGAAAAAGUUCUUUAUUCUGGCCACAAAAAAUGUACUCUGCGAGCUGUGAACUAAAGUUAUGAAAAGCGUUUCGGCCCAGCUUUUUAUGGCUUGGUCGAAACGCUGUGUUCCAAAUUUUAGCCAAUGCUGGCUAUAUUGCGCGAUUUAUACGUUGUGGCCAGAAUGAGGAACUUUUACCGUAAUAAUAUUUGUGCAUCUGGGUUUAGGGGAUUGUCUCUCAGUAUUCUGGCGCUGAUAUUGCCAAAGAGGCCUCCAGUCUCUUUCUGAAAACUGAAGUUGAAGCCACUUAUGAUGAGGAAGGAUACAAAGUUCAAAUAAAGGAGAAGCUGGACGUCUGUAUGACGAUUUUGAUGUGUUAUGUUGGGUUGGGAACGGAGAACCCGGCGAUUAAACCGCAAGACACUCCAUACACGAGAUUCCUGGAGUCGUACGAGCCGAACAAAGUUGCCUUCAAUCGGCUUUUGCCAAUCUUGGAAACCCAUAUUUUGAACUGUCAUGAAAUGGAUAACGUUCCUUUUUUGUGGUUCUAUAUGGCUUCCUACUCCCGUGAGAAUCUGAUGAAGUUGAUGAGAGUUUUUUGGAAGGUUGUCAUCACUCCGAGCCAAAGGCCCAACGAAUUUAAGAAGGCCCACAAUUCUGCCGCUUUUAUGAGUGGAAUUUUGGCCCGCGCAAACUUUGUUAAUUACCAGUGAGUCAAUGAAGAAUGUUUUUAAUUUUGUGACUUCAGAGUCAUGUGUUUCUGGUUGAAACAAAUGGCUAAUUGGUGUCUACAUUACAUUGACAAGGCAGGUCAAGUGAAGAGGCCGGGAGCGCAUCAACAUGGAACAUUUUAUGCUGUUGUCCAAGCGUUCCUUUUCGUCUUGUGCUUCCGAUACAAGGAGUUUGUUGAGAAUAAACGUAUGUCGUCUUAAUUCUUAUAUUAUUCUUAUUUUAGAAAUUGAUGAACUCAGACUCUGGGGUCUUGGAAGGAUCGUCCAUUGCCAGUUGGAGCCUUUGAAUUAUAUAUCUACUCCUCUAGCCAAAUGUUUUGCUUGUGUGAGUCGAUAUAUGCAGAUUGUUUACUGCAAUCACAUCAUCAGCUUGGGUGAGAAUGGCCCGCUUGAGUUCUACUUCCCUUUCCUCAAAAGUGGAUUGCCUCGGUAAGAUAUUUCGGUGGCUUUUAAUGCGAUAAUUUUAUUUUACGAUUACAUUUUCAGGUUAUCUGCAAUUGUGCAACCACUUCUUCGUGAAUUCACACCAGCUGAUGAUGAUCUCGCCACUUCCGCAGUUGUUCUUGCUCCUCGAAGACGAAUGGAAUCACAAACUGAGAUCGAUGAAUACGACUUUAUGUAUGCUGACCAACCCAUGGAGAUGACAACUGACACCAGCCUGUUGACCACCUAUUGA